AUGGAACUCGACCGGCAGAAUCAUGAUAGCCACGACGCUGAUCAGGGCAUAGUGCAGCAACAACGAUCCCCUCCAAUGUAUCGAUCUAUCACACCCAAAGCUCGGCUGAUUGCUUUGUCGGAUACCUUUCUCCAAUAUCUCCGUGCUGAUGGCAUAGUUCUCCCUCCUGACAACACGCUAGCCGCGCCCGAAGACGACAGCUGGGUGGUGUCAGGUGGAUAUGAUGACGAGGACGAAGGUCUUCCAGAUCCCUCCAAGGAAUGGCCCGAAAUCCAUGCUCGAGUUAAGGCAGCCAUUGCUGAAUUAGGGGGCAGCGUGUCGCCAAAAUUGAACUGGAAUGCGCCAAGAGACGCAACACAUAUGAUCCUGUCAAAUCGUUUAGAGUGUAGAACACCCGGUGACGUGUACUUGGUCCUGAAAAGCAGCCGCUUCAUAGCCAACAAUCUAGACCGUGCAUUUGAGGGCUGUAUUCCCGAGUCUGGAAAGCAAGGUGAUUUGGCCGGCGCUGUUGAAAAGGAAGCUGGGAUCUACCACGACGAAAAUCAAAUACCCUACCAUUUGGUACUCCGGAAAUAUGUGAAUGUUAACCCGGCGUUGGAAUUCCGAUGUUUUGUUCGGUCACGACGUCUUGUUUGUCUUUGCCAAAGGAGUUUCAAAUACUACGAAUGGCUGUAUGAAAUCAAGGAUAAAUUACUGCGAGACAUCCAGAAAUUCUUCGACAAACAUCUGCGAGAUACGUUCCCCGACCCGGACUUUGUGUUUGACGUCUAUGUGCCACGAGACAGGGUCUGGUUGAUAGAUUUCAGUGCUUUCUCGCAAAACAUAGAUCCAUUACACUUUUCUUGGGAAGAGAUUCUGAAUAUGGAUAGACCGGACGAAGGGGAUUCCCGCACCAUACCCGAAGAACACAUGAUGAGAGCGCAAUCGCAACAUCGUCGCCAGUCUAGCGUUGACGAUGACGGUAGGCCGAAUCGAUAUUUCCCUGAAGAAUGGCCAUCGGUGGAACCGCCCAUUUCCUCCUUUCAGCCGCAGUUUAUACUAGCCGGCAAUACCGACUCAGCACAGUUGGAUUUUGGUUUAGAAGGCAAUAGCGCACCAACGAGCUACUCGUUAAUAAAAGAGGACAGAGUGCCUCAGGAUGUUCUUGAUGCGGCAGAGACGCCCGGAGGAACGGCAGAGCUCUUGAGCAAUUGGAGGGAAACUCUCGCGAGAACUAUCAAGGCAGACCAAGAGUACCAAAGUGACAGUGAAAGCUGA